AUGAAAAGAAGAAUUCAACUCGUGUUACCGGUUUGCGUAAUGGUUGGUAUUAUAUUCUGGGCAACAGGAUCAACAGGAAUAUACAUCACUAAUCUGUCAGAGGCGUGCUAUCGAUGCCUGUGUCACGUCGCCACAAAAUGUGACACGUCGCACGGUUGCACUGCGGGCUACUGCGGACCUUAUAACAUAUCUCGAGUGUACUGGAUCGAUGCCGGAAGAGUAACAUUGCCGGAUGAUGAUCCAGAAAGAAAUCACGCUUGGGAAGACUGCGCAAGGAGUUACCAUUGCUCGAAAAGAAUAAUUGAAGGAUACUUACAAAAAUUUGGCAAGGACUGCAACAACGACGGCAUCACUGACUGCUUUGAUUACAUGAUGGUGAACGGCAACGGUGGCUACGGUUGCUCCGCACCACUCAACCGCUCCGCGAACGGCAGGCUCUGGCUGCGGAGAUUCGAAGAGUGCAGGAAUUCAUUAUAG